CAUUUUAUGAUGUUCCAAAGUUCGACACAGUCCUCAUUAAACGUUAGUCGCACUAGUGCAUUUAACAGCAAACUGAUCGACGCUCUGAUUGAAAGGUCGAGGCUUGAAGAGCUGAAUAAAAAUGGGAUUAAUCACAAUUGUGGUAUUUGUCGGGGUCAUGCUGCCCUCUUUGAAUGCCCAAACAGAAUUGCCAGAGAGACAUUCUCUCUAUUAUGUGUAUACGGCUCUAUCAAAGCCCAUAUCUGCACCUGGCAUCUAUGAAUUCACCGGAAUGGGGGUCCUGGAUAAUCGAAAGAUUGACUACUACGACAGCGACCAGAAGAUGAAGAUGCCACAACAAGAGUGGAUGAAAGAGAAGCUUCCGGCAGACUACUGGGAGAAGGGAACCCAGUCACGCAGGAGCAAAGAACAGUGGUUCAAAGUCAAUGUGAACAUCCUAAUGGAACGCAAGAAGCAAAAUAACUCUGAUGUUCACGUCCUGAACUGGAGACAUGGUUGUGAGGUUGACAAAUACCCAGAUGGUUCUGUCAAAUUCGUCAGUGGUGCUGAUCAGUACAGCUAUGAUGGACAGGAUUUCCUGUCCUUCGAUGAUGCCUCCAUGCAGUGGGUUGCCCCAGUGCCCGAAGCUGUACCCACAAAGCAGAAGUGGGAUGGGGUUCCCAUCCUCAACCAGUACACCAAGGGCUAUCUGGAGAAGGAGUGUGUGGACUGGCUGGACAAGUUUGUCACCUACGCUGAUAAAGAACUCAUAGGAUCUUCUCCACCCAAAGUUUACCUCUUUGCUCGGACAAGCAAGGAGUCUGCGGACAAGCUGACCAUGACCUGCCUGGCAACAGGGUUCCUUCCGAAAGACAUUAAAAUGUUUAUUCAGAAGAGAGGAUCCAUUGUGGCUGAAGUCGAUCCCCUGCAGAUCUUUCCAAAUGGCGAUGGAACCCACCAGACCAGAUUGGUUGUGCACGUACCUAAAUCAGAGGCCAAUGAUUAUCAGUGUUCUGUGAACCACAGGACCCUCAGAACACCUGUGGUCAGUAAUUGGGAAACAGGUGGACUUUUGAUUGAUGAAUCUUCAUCCAUUGGUCCGAUUAUUGGAGGAGCUGCUGGAGGUGCAGUUGUUCUUCUUAUUGUGAUCGUAGUUGCGGUUGUCAUGAUCAAGAAAAAAGGAGGGAACCAGACUAUUGUGAAGAAGGCAUCAGCUGAGAAGCAGCCUCUUGAAGAAUCUAGCCCCGAGGGAAGCCAAGACUCUGGUUUGGACACAGUGAAGCCACCAUCACAUGAGCAGCAGCCUCUUAAAGGAGAUUCUAGCUCACUUGAAAGCCAAGAUUCUGGUGUGACGAUAGAGUGAAGGAAAAUAACCAGGACCGGGUUAACCAGAAGACACCAGUUGAGCUCAGAGCAAAAAAAGAAAUAUGGGUGGAGAUUUACUAAUUAUUCUAAAUAGUUUCAAUCAAGAAUUUAACAUCAACCAAAUUCUUCACUUUUAUUUCAUGCAUCAUGGAGAAGACUACUGACUUUUUAUUCUUUUUAUUCUUACAAAAUACUUACAUUUCUGGAUGAAAUCUUUGCACUUUCAAACACAGUGUUCAUAGAACAGUGUACUCCCACGGAUUAUACCUCAUUGCCAUCACUGCACAGGGUGGUUUCCCUUGCACACACUCCAUAGCUCUCCACUCCAUAAUCUCUAAAUGUCACCAUUAAUUUGAUUUUAACAUAAAGAUCUGCUAAAUGAAUAAAUGUAAAUGUAAGAUUAAGUGUUUUUUUGUGAACAUGUAUGGCUUUAUGAUUUUAUUGUGCUAUUUUAAUGAAUUAAUAAAGUGCUUAUUUUCUACAUUUCUUGCCAUUUUUAUGAGAUAUGAGCAUGAAAGUAGCACAACUGAAUUUUAAUUGAAUUGUAAUUUGAAUGUUUUCCCUCUAAUGGGUCUUUAUGGUUUGUUUGUGUUGACAUUUUGUAUGCUAGUAGCAGCAAUGUAUUAUUUGUUUGUUUUUAUUAGACAUAAAUUGCGGUGUUUCCAUAGAUGGAUUUUUUUGUAAAUAUUUUCUAUUCUACACAUGAGCAUUUAUGAAGAAUUAUUGCCUAUGGUCAUAAUCCAACGUUAUCAUGUGUUUCUCCAUGGCAAGGCACGUUCAUAAUCCGAUUUUGAGAUCCUAGCAAACUCCUGUAUGGUAUCCAAUUCAAGACUCAUAUUGCAUCCAAAUUUGUUUGACAAAUAAACACUUUUUUGCCUUUA